AUGCUCAGGCUAGGGUCGUCUUCAAUUGCGCGUCACCGCGCCACUCAUGUCUUCCGCACUUUGUCAGCUCAAAAACGCACCAUUAGCAGCAGCACUGGCACCAUCACCGGCACCAGCUCCAGCUCCAGUACCAGCUCCAGCUCCAAUGAUGCAUUUUCGAGCGGCAAAGAUCUAGACACACACAGUUCGCCGUCAGUAACUGCAUCCGAGGUCGAUAAAUUCCGGCAAAUCAGCACAGCCUGGUGGGACACCCAAGGGCCCUUCAAGCACCUGCACACAAUGAACACCGCUCGAAUGCAAUACAUCCACAAGCGCCUCAGCGACUUCAAAACACCGACAGUCAAGGGGGCCAGUGCAGUGGAUGUGGGGUGUGGCGGAGGAUUGGCGGCAGAGAGCUUGGCGCGCAUGGGCUUGCGUACGCUGGGGGUUGAUGCGGCGCUGGAGAACGUGCAGGUGGCGCGGAUGCACGCCCUGGAGGAUGCCGCCCUGGCCCUGCCGGAUCAGCUGGAGUAUCGCCGGAUGACUGCCGAGCAGCUGGUGGCCGAGGGCCGGCAGUUCGACUGCGUGGUUUCAUUGGAGGUCAUCGAGCAUGUGGCCGAUGCCCUGGCGUUUGUCCGCAGCCUGGUGCAGUUGGCGCGGCCUGGCGGGCUCGUCUUCGUGUCGACGAUGAGCCGCACCGCGGCGGCAAUGCUCAUUGACGUGGUGGUCCCCGAGUAUAUCCUCGGCACCGUGCCGCGCGGCACCCAUGACCACGCCAAGUUUCUGAAGCCGGAGGAGCUCAGGGAAAUGCUGGAGGCGGUGGGCGCCGAGACUGUCGAUGUGAGCGGGCUGGUUUUGGAGCCGCUGUCGAACUCCUGCCACGUGGUGCCGGCCGACUGGGGACUGCUGCGGAACAUCGGCGUGCAAGCCAACUACAUUCUAUGCGCGCGCAAAAGAAAGCCUUGA